CCGUUUGCGAAAUAACUGGAGUAUAACAAGUAACGUUUCGGGGUCCAGUCAUUUUAGUGGCUACUUAAUAACGACAUAUUUAAAUCACAUUAAUUUGGUAAUUUAAGUUGGCAUCAUUUCCUCAUGCGUUCACACUUUCUGGUCAGAUAUGUGCGGCGAGCUUCUCGUUUGUGACAGAAGAAGGCGGAUAGUAACCUGACUGACAGACAUCAGUAGGUCGCUGUCACAGGGAGGUUCCUGCAGUUGCUCUUGAACGUGUCUCUCUCAGCCUGUCGCGCAAUGAAGGACCAAAACUACGGCGAAGAAAUUACAAAAAUACUGGAGGAGGCCCCCUCUUCUCGUAAAGCACUUUUAGACAACUACGACAAUUUACACAAAGUAGCUGAAUACUGCGAGAGCAACUACCUGCAGUCUGGUAAUGACACCAACAAAGCACUGGAGGAGACCAAGGCCUUCACUACCCAGUCCUUGGCUAGUGUGGCCUAUCAGAUCAGCUCCCUGGCUACCAAUGUGCUCAAACUGCUAGAUGCACAGACACUACAGCUCCGCAAGAUAGAGUCCUCCAUCAACCUGAUUGGACAGACGGUGGAUAUGCACAGAGAGAAGGUGGCUCGUCGAGAGAUUGGAGUUUUCACGGUUGCCAAGAGGGUUCCUCGAAAUCACAAGAUUGUCCCCCCUGCAAAAAGUACACAGCCCAAGCCCAAGUUCACCCGCACACCCAUCUCUUUCUCUAGCCUGGACUCUGUAGGCCACGGUGUGAAGGAUUCUGGGCAGCCACAGUUAAAAACAGCGACCAUGACCCGCAGCAGCAGCAUACUGAGUCGGGGCAGCCGUCCUCCAGAGCCUGUCCAAUGCCCUGUGGUGCCCACUCUGUCCCAUGGAGCAUCCGUCAACUCACUUAAUGACAAUUCAAUCGCUUCAAGCUUUGGUAAAGCCGUACCACCUCCAGUAGUGCCCAGCUGGCCCAUCAGCUCUGAUGGUAGUGGUGACAUCAUUAGCACCCUGCUGGAUGAAGGCCCACCCCCUCCGCCCCCACUGAUGGAGACAGAAGUAGAGCAGUAUCAUGUGCAGGAUACUGGUCCACCUCCACCUCCUCCACUUGACUGUGCCGACAUUCCUCCACCCCCUCCUAUGCCCACUUCAGCGAACACAUCUGAUCCAAGCAGCCUGAUGACCAUACCACCUCCUCCACCAGCUCCACCUCUUGAAACAGUGGCCGAAGAGAAUGGAUUUCCUCUGCCAGCACCUCCCAGUGACAUACCUCCUCCACCAACCUCUGACGGCCUUGAUCUUCCAGCCCCACCACCUCUGCCUGGGGAUGAGAACAUUGAAGCUCCGCGUUCUCGGCGUUCGCGAGUGCGACGUCAUCCUCCUAGCUCUCGCUCUCUCUCUAUGAGGGUCCGCAUGGGCCCCAGUGCUCGCUCGCUCUACACACGCUCCCUUUUUCUGCCUUCUGCUCAAUCACUCAUGAUACCCCCACCCCCUCCAUACCCGCCUCCUUUGGCUCCACCCACUUCACUGAGCCCAUUGUGCAGGAUCCCUGCCCGCCUGGAGCAUCUGGACCUUGAGAUUCCUGCUCCGCCCCCAUCGCCACCAGUUGAACGUUUUGAUGACUUUGAGGACAUGCCCCCUCUACCUCCCCCUAUUGAUUAUGACAUGUCCGCACCAGCUGACUAUUUGGAGAAAGUGGUGGCACUAUACAGCUUUGACACAGGCAAGACUGGUGACUUGGUCUUUCAGGAGGGAGAUAUCAUCUACGUUACCAGCAGAAAUGAGGAUGGCUGGUGUGAGGGAUUUCUGCAUGGGGUUAGGGGUUAUUUUCCUGGUAACUAUGUGGAGUCCACCGCCUAACUGGCCAUCUGUCAGGGAACAAACAAUUGAGCAUCAUGGCACCUUAAAAUACAAAUGUUGUAAAGUGAAACACUGUAAUCUACUAAAUGAUUGAUUGUUUGGUGCCAUAGAAAUGUAUAAAUGAGAGUAUUUCACUCUCUUAGAAAUAUAUAUACAGUAUAUAUAUAUAUAUAUAUAUAUAUAUAUAUAUAUAUAUAUAUAUAUAUAUAUAUAUAUAUAUAUAUAAAUAACUAACACGCUGACCUGUUUUCAGCAGAGGUGAGCUUUUGUUGAUGAUAUAAAAAGCCUCUUGUAUUUUUACGUUUAGUUUGGUUUUAAAUAAUGAUAAUGAUCUUCUGAAAUCUCUCAGGACUUUAUGCUAUAGUGUAAAUGUACAACAUAUUAAGAAACAAAAAUGUUGCACAUUUAGCUGUGUUUGAUCAUUUGUUAACUUUUUUUAACAUUCCAGAUUGUGUUUAUUAGAUAUGUAUGUUUCAAUAGGCUACUGUGUACAGUAAAUUUGUUUAGUACAUUCUGUGUGCCAUAAUUCGACACAGUGAUCAUGCUAAAUUCAUACUACUCAUGUACAUAAAUCCCUUGCUAAUACAAUAUUUUUAAGGAAUGCAUAUUCUUGGUUGACUUCUAUACCUAUGUCAUUUUUCACUUCAACUCUGGGAACAUUUAAGAAGUGUACAGAUGUACAUGUGCAGGAAUAUCUCAGCAAUUCAGUUACAAAUUCACUGUUCUGCAAAACCAAGUUUGUGUUUAAUGUCCAGAGAAUCAACAAUCUUGUUAACAAUGUUAAUGUCUUGGAAUAAAGCUCAAUUACUUUCAUGUCAGCUUUACA